AUGUCUUUAAAUCAAUCCUUUCAUGUUCAGCCCUUAUCAACAUUGUCCGUUCAUAAGCAUCAUCAUCAUCAACAACAUUCUCACCUUAAAAGUGGUAGUGUUCAACAACAGUCUUCAUUCAGCAAUGUUGGAAUUGCCACAACAGGGAAUAUGAACAACCGAUUGAAACCAACUAAUCAUAAGGAGGGUUCUUCUUCUUCCAACGCCGUCAAAUCAUUGCCAUAUCCGGUAAGAUCCAGCCUUCGGGUUCCGAUUACAACAUCUUCCUUUCAUGGCACGGCACGAAUAUCAUCAAACAACAACAACAACUUGCCUUUAAGAACUCAUCAUCCCGAUUCGUCGACAAAUGGUCCAUUAAAAUAUUGCAGCAAAAAGGAAAGUGAUGAUGAUCCUCAGCAGCCCAUUCCAAGAAGAACUCCUUCCCAUGCACGAUCAAAAUCCCUUCAUCAUCCUUCACCUCAUACCACCAUCAAUGUGAGUGCUUCCUCGUGUGGCAUUGGUUCCACGACUGAAAUUAUCUUCACCAGUAAGAAUAGACAAUCUAUGAAAGGUAACCAAGCUUCGACAACAAUGUUAAAGAAUUCUUCUUCGAAUGGAACUGCAUUCACUCAAAACGGUGUGCAAAAAGUUACAGGUUCUCUGAAUACUAACAACCGUGAUCUCAUGUAUACGUCUCCAUGUUAUGGAUAUCGUUCUCAUCAUGAUAAAGAAAACGCUCAUGAAGAAAAGGAAAAUUUAUUAAGCCCAACAUGGAAGGACGAAAUGCCACUUGUAAAAGCGGCUCUUCUCGUUUCGAAACAGAAAGAGCCCUCCUCGCAAAUAAGCACACCAAAGAAGGAAAUUGUAGGUGACAAUAUGAAUGGAGGAUGCCCAUUAACACCAAAUUCAUUGAAGAGAAGAAACACCACUGCGUUGACAAGACUCAACAACAAGUCGUCACAUUCUUCGAAAGUACUUUCAACUCCUGUUCGAUCUUCAACAACAAUAACCACCCCAUCACAAACAAAGCAACAGGUUGAUCUUGUGAACAAGUUGCCCUCAUGUGACGAGAUGGAACAACUCGAUGAUGAAAGUUCUCAAUAUGAAGCCUUUAAAAAAAUUACAAAUAUUGAAGCCAUCUCAUUUGCCACAGCAACGCCUACAGAGGUAUGGUGUGGAGAAAAGAAGGGAGUUAUUGUGAUCUUUGACAUCAAGACAUGCAACGUCAUUCAAACCAUUCGAGAGGAGAAACGAGUUUACGUUUCUUGUAUGUGUUCUUUCAUGCAUUCCAAUGGUUCUCAACAGCAGCCACUCAUGUGGGCUGGAAUGGCAGAUGGAACGAUUAACAUUUAUUCCAUCAAACCAAAAAGAUUGUUGAGGACACUGGUGGGACAUACUGGAACAGUGACAGCCAUCGUUGGUUUGAACGAAGGUCUGGUUGCCACUUGCUCUGUAGAUUUCACCAUUCGAUUGUGGGAUACAUUGACUUUUACAUGUAAAAAUAGUUAUGUGGGAUUGAAAUCAUGGGUCAAUACCUUGUGCUCGGUGGGACCAUUGUUGUGGAGUGGAUCUGAUGAUGCUACCAUUCGAGUUUGGAAUGUAUUGGAGGAAAGGACAUCACCUAUGAAUGAGGUGUCCAAUCAAACGACAUUGACCACUUUGAAUCAAGAGGCCACUUUCACAACCAAUGAGUCACAGUCAAUUGCAGAGGCGAGUGCAAGCCAGAAUAGUGUGACGGAAAAUGCAGGCACUUCGAAACGUCACAUGUAUGGAGUGACACAACUCUGUUACUGCUCAAAGACAAACACAGUAUGGAGCUCCUCGCGAGAUUGUUGUGUGAAAAUUUGGAGCACUACUCCCUCUUCUAUUCAGUGCGAGAAAUGUAUUCAAUUUCCUUCCUUUGUGAAUUGUAUGCACAUUGCAGACGACAAUAUUUGGAUUGCAACUCAUAGAGAAAUAUCUGUAUGGAACGUCAGCGAGAAGAAACUAUUAGGGAAGUAUCGAAUUGAGGGAUUUGUGACAUGUAUUUCUACAGUUGGAGAUUCAGUUUGGAUUGCAUGUAGCGACAAGUCUAUCCUUGUCUACAAGUUGCAUGCACAUCGAAAAGAUGACAUUGGCAAUGGUUUGGACAACCAGGAAACUCAUUUCACUCGGAGAAAGCGAGUUUCUGCCUCUCUCAGAUUAAGUAGUGAAUUUAACACUUGUGCUUCUGAUUUGAUGGAUUUCGAAGAUCCUAUUGAACAAACGUUUGAGGAAGAAAUUGAUUUUUCAAAAACUCAACAGGAUGAAAUUUCGGAAGAUUUGAAAGAAGAAGAGGAAUGUGAUAUUGGAGGAGAUAAGACAUCAAGUCUCACGGUGAAUCCCUUGUUACAUGUAUCACCAAUUAAGGGAGAUCUAUCUUCAUCACCAUUAUUUGUUGGGGAUGUCAAUGAGAAUGAAAAGUCCAUAUUUUGUGAGUUGCAUUUUGAUGAUAUUGAUUUGGAGCAUGCUCAAGAGAAUGAUGCAAAGCAUGAGGAUGACAUCAAGUUUUUACAUUCAGUUCAUUCACAACCUGUUCUGAAUCGAUUCAACGAAUCCAUCGAUUCCGAAUCAAUAGAAGAUUCAUUCCUAAACCAAUCUAUAGUCGUAGAGUGCUCCACAAUUCAUGAACUUGUAGAUGAAGAUUUGCAUGGUUGUUUACCGGAGCCAAGUGGAAGUUCUUCGUGUCAACAAGAGAUGCAAGAAUGCUCCCUUGUGGAAAAUGUGACAAAUCAGAGUGGUACUGACAGGAAUAACACUUUGUUAUUCCAACCACCUCUCUCUGUAACCUCCUCCUCCUCAUGGUGGAAUGCACCCAACAACAAAUUGAAUCGCAUCCAACGGUUUCUACAAUAUGUUCUCCAGAGCUGUUUCAACCCUAUAAAUUCCAACGAAUGA